AUAUAGAAUAAGACAAUUCGAUGUUCGAAUAAGCCAACCAACCCAUACAAAUUCUACGUUCAAAUGGAAGUGCAACAAACGUGUUAAGCGAAGCUGUAUGAAAUAUCGUUAUGUGUGUGAUGAUGGAGAAGUCCUGCUUCCACGAACGGCAAAGCAUAGAUCGCUGAUUUGCAAUUUGUUACAAGAUGCUACAACUGAAAGGAAAUAUGUCAAUCCCACAGAUAUACUAAAUCGAUUCAAAAACAUUGCAAAUGGAUGUUCUUUUGAAUAUAUAAGGUCUCUAUUCCUGGAUAUUUUCCGGUGGUUCUCCUUCCGCAAAAAUGAAUUUAUUUCUAGUGUUCUAUUCCAUGAAAUUCGGAAGGAAUUUAUUGCUAAACAAUCUUUUUUUGGUAGAAUAUAUUCUCGUAUAUUACGGAGAGAAUUCAAGUUUUCGGAGUGUUACAAACAAUCCGAUCAUUUCUCCACUAUCAAUUAUUACGUAAAAUGGAAUUGUGGAAAUAUUGUUUUGGAGGAACAAUGCCUAAAUGACGUGUUAAAUGCACGAUGGCUGGACUGUUCAACAGUCGUAUUAAAUAGAUUGUCCCAUUUAAUUAAAGCUCCGGAUGUGGUUGAUGUUCUUAGUUAUAUAUUUGGAAGGGCGAAGGUUAAAAUCCCCUUGCAUAAUAAUGAAGUUGUACAGCGUAGACCGAAACUGGUAAAAUCUACGGGAGCAUUGUGGCUGUUGGCAGUUUUAAAAAGCACCAAAAGUGACCACAUAAUAAAACAAGUUCAUGGCAUCUCGCAUACCUUAUUUCAUCGAUUUUUACGAGACAGUAAGUUAGAUAACUGCAAAAAAAAUCUUUUGAAUGGCGCAUACCUGUCAUAUGGGCAUGUAGUCGUGAAACUUAUACGGCAUAUUAGCCGACUGGUGCAAAGCAUAUCCAUUGCAGUUACAAACACAGGAAGUACUAUGAAUCAUUUACACUAUGAAGAAAGUAAUACAACAUCGGACGAAUUAUUUGUUUUGCAGCUUUUGGCAAAGCAAGAGCUGUUUAGAAGAAAUCAUGACGUAAACACUCUUCUAUCAGGGUUAUACGAUAUGGUUCGGUAUCUUGAAAUUAAAAAAUGCGCACCAUCCAGUAGCAACGAAUUACGUGCUUAUCUUGAAGUGUUGAUGCAAUCCGUUUGUAUCCCAUUUUUCCGUGUGGUGGUUAGGGGUUUGUCCUUCGAUAGGAACAAUUUCAAAAAAAUCAUACAGAUACUACAAACCAUCACUGAACAGUAUAAAGGUGAAUCGCAUGAAUUUUACUUUCCACGCUUCGCCGUUGAAAAAUUUACAUCUUAUGGUAUGUCUGAAUUCUGUGUGCUGUUGAACUAUGAGAAGCAAAAGGAGAAUAACUUAUACGAUGCGUUUGCUAUCCUAAAAGGUGAAAAACACACAUAUUUAUAUCGUUUUGGUGAUGGUUCCUUCGUUGCUUCCACAGAUACAAGUUUUAUGGAUCAUUGGAACAUAUACCGCUCUUGUUCUUUAGUGGGUUCUGUUAGAUGCCAAUUAGUUAUAAAACCGUAUUCAUCAAUUGCAAUGGAUAGCAUUUCUCAAUAUGUAGACAUUUUAAAACGGAGAAUUUCAAGCGAAGUCGUAUCUGCUGUAGAAUUCGACAAUGUAGUUAACAUACAUUUUCCUAGGAAUACCAGUUCAUGUACCUUGUCUAGGUUCAAGCUUAAUGUUCAGAAAGAUUUGAUUCAACAUCCCAUUCAUAAGUACAUUGCAAUUAUGAUAGAGUAGGUACGGUAAGGUUUAUGUAUUGAGUACACAAGUGAUCAAGAUGCUCCUUCUAAAUUAUCGGAUAUAUAAAUUUUCUCAACUGCUUCAUAUCAUUUGU